GCAGUCAGGAGGCCCGAUUCGGAGCCGCGCAUGCGCCCCAGAGUCUCCGCGUUUCCCUCAGCCAAGGCAGGCUUUCUGCCCCCCCUUCGGCCCUCCCGCCAUUAAAGGGAAUCAAGCCCCUCAGCGGCUUUUCUUCCCCGGCUCUCUCCCGGGAAAGCGAGGGUGAGAGCUCCCAACAAGGGCCUUUCUUUCCACCAUCAUCUAUCAUUACUGCACUCUGCUUUUGCACAAUGGCGACCCCGGAUGUGAGUGUUCACAUGGAGGAAGUGGUGGUGGUGACCACUCCAGACAAUAUGGUUGAUGGCAGUGGUGUUGAAGAGGUGAAAACUGUAUUAGUCACCACCAAUCUGUCCCAGCACAGUGACCUAAAUGAAGAUACCCUGGAGACAGAAAAUGCAGCUGCAGCAGCCGCUGCUGCUUUCACAGCCUCUGCACAUCUGAAAGAAGCGCUUUUAGUGAAGAUGGCUGAAGGAGAUGACUGUGUGGAAGCUGAGAUUGUUUAUCCCAUCACUUGUGGAGAUAGCAAAGCCAACCUAAUAUGGAGAAAGUUUGUUUGCCCUGGAAUCAAUGUGAAGUGUGUCCAGUAUGAUAACCACUUGAUAAGUCCCAAGGAAUUUGUCCAUUUGGCUGGCAAAUCCACAUUAAAGGACUGGAAGAGGGCAAUCCGGAUGAAUGGGAUCAUGCUAAGGAAGAUUAUGGAUUCAGGGAAGCUGGAUUUCUAUGAACACACAAAAGUUUGUUCCAACACCUGCCGCAGCACUAAAAUUGACCUGACUGGAGCCCGAGUGUCUCUGUCGAGCCAGACUUCAACGGAGUACAUCCCUCUCACUCCUGCCUCUGCAGAUGUAAAUGGAUCUCCUGCCACAAUCACCAUAGAAACAUGUGAGGAUUCCAGCGACUGGACCACAGCUAUUGGAGAUGAUACAUUUUCAUUUUGGCAAGGCCUGAAGGAAGCAGGCUUGCUGGAAGAAGUUAUCCAGGAGUUCCAGGCAGAGUUUGCAGAGACCAUGAAGGGCCUGCAGCAGCGGAUUCAGGAGCCCCCUUUACAACUGAGCGAUGCUGUCUUGCUCAACAAUACAGUCCAGAACUUUGGCAUGCUGGACCUGGUGAAGAAAGUUCUGGCCAGCCACAAGUGCCAAAUGGACCGCUCCAGAGAGCAAUAUACACGAGACUUGGCAGCCCUGGAGCAACAAUGUGAUGAGCAUCGGAAGAGAGCGAAGGAGCUGAAACACAAAUCCCAGCAUUUGAACAAUGUGCUGAUGACCUUGACGCCAGUUUCCGUACCAUCGCCUCUGAAGCGCCCCAGGCUCACGAGAGCCAUCUCGGGGCCCCCCGCCAUCACCUCCCAGCUUCUGAGUCAGUCGGCCCAAAUCGCCUUGGCCCCAGGGAUGCCGGUCACUCAGCUGGCCAGCCUGCCUCUCAGCAAAUUGGUCUCAGCCCUCCCAGCAGCCACUCUGGGGAAGACUACGGUGCAGACUGCAACAGCCAGCUCCCCAGCCUCCCCAUUGUUGGGCGGCUACACGGUCCUGUCCUCCACCGGUUCUGCUUUUCCCAAUACAGUUGAAAUACACCCUGAUGCCUCCAACUUGACUGUCUUAAGUACGGCAGCCAUGCAGGACGGCAGCACCGUGGUCAAAGUGGUGAGCCCUUUCCAGCUGCUCACCCUCCCGGGACUGGGCGCCGCCAUCCAGAACGUCGCACAGCUGUCUCCCAGCGGGAGCACCAUCAUGACUGUGCCAUCUAGCAUCAUAGAAGGCUCCACCACAACCGAAGAACAUACGACCAUUGAAGUGGCCACAGUCGCAGAUGAGCCCGAGCAGAAGUGAAGCGCCUACUUCAGCCUGCCUUCUGGGGUGUGCUCUGGGCUCAUGCGGCCCUCCCUCUGAGCAGAAGGAAAGGGGAGUGGAAAGGGAGACAGGUUGGCUAAUGGGAGAAUAGUGAGGCUGGGAUCGUGCAAGGGAGAGAAGGAAAGAGAGAGAGUGAAGGGAGACCACCGCUGAGAAGACAACAAAGAGAUCACUAUUCCACAGGAACCAUUAAAAGCCACAAUCUUUCCAUCCUCAGCUUGUUAUCUCAGUGCCAUCUCUAGUGAUCUGAAGGAGAACAAUGUUAGAGAGACUGAGGUAGGAGAAUUAGGUUUCUGAGAGCAAUCUAAUGAAUGGAUAAGGGGGAGAAAAGAGGAAGAUGAGGCAGCUGGCCUGAUGUAGCUGUGGAAACUUCAGUGCAGGCAGCCAGGAGGGCAUUUUCAGCAAAUCAGCAAGAGCCAGGUUGCUGUGCAUAAAUGGCAGACCAUGUUGGUGGUUAGCGGCCUCCUUGGCACCUUGGUGAACAAAUGUAAAGUGGCAGUCCGGCCAGUAAGAUUACAUAGUGCCUGUAGGAAGACCUCAAAAGCCUUAAGUCACAGCAUGGAGGGCAAGGAGGUUCUCUGGUGUGCGAUCAUGAGGAAAGAGACAUAGUAUGACUCAGUUCUUUAAGCACAGCAGUGGGCAGGCCCAGUCACCGUGUCGUGAUGAACACACAGCUUGAAACAUAGGCAUUCGAGAGAGGAAUUUGCAGGUAGGACUAGCAGACUAUCAUUUAUGUUUAAAAAAGGCCCCAAUCUCUGGGAAUUAAGGGUCCUUUUCUUUAUAUGUCCUUAAAUUGCUACACAUAAACCUCAUGCCUUCUAACUCUGCUCCUUUGCAGAGAGGCUGUCAUUCUGCAAAAUGCCUGACCUGUUCACCUGUCAGCAGAGGGCUGGAUUCUCCCUCUACCCGCCAUGACACAACAAGCCCUGUCCACUGAGCAACAGCAGCUCGGGCUGCCGUAUGCUUUGGAAAGGAUAGUUUGGCUGAAAGCUGCAAUGCAAAAAGGGAAAAUGUGUGUAUGCAGCUUUUCAAUAUGUGUGUUUGUCGAGGUUUUUUUACAUUUAAAUUAUUGUUUUGACUGGCUUGAGGGAUAUGAUUACCAGAGGACUGGGAAAACCAAAGGAAGAAGUACUUGUGAAAGAGGAAAUAUCCAUUAGUGGUCACAGGCUGUGCCAGAAUUUGGAUUCCUGCAGUUUGGGUUUGUCUGUAAACAGCAGUAAAGGCAAAUCUCUGGAAUGAACUAUUAAAAAUGUUAUCAAAAGA